AUGAAUAAUUCACGCAAAGUUGACUUUAUUAGAAAUUUUUGUGCAAGAAAAAAAGAAAUUAAUUUCUUAACAUUUGACCAUUAUGCACAUGGAUCAUCUUCUGGAAAUAACGAGUAUAUUAGUAUUGGAAGAUUUUAUAAAGAUUUGUGUUUAAUAAUGGAAAAAGAAACCGAUGGUUCACCAAAAAUAUUGAUUGGUUAUAGUAUGGGAGUUUGGUUGGCACUAUUACUAAUUAUAUCAAAUCAUCAUUAUUUAAUUGGUAAAAAAAUUAAAGGAUUGAUUGGAAUUUCACCCGCAAUUAAUUUCACUCAAAGUUUAAUUGUAGAUAAAGAAGAAAAAAGCAAUAAUAAUAUAAACCUGAAAGAAGAGAACAACAAUAAAUUGAUUUAUAAAUUAAAAUCAUCGUAUUCUAAUAAAGAUCAUCGUUUGUCAAGAGAUGAAGAUUUAAAGGUUCUAGAAAAUGAAAUUGAAGAAAUGAUUUCAGAUGUCUUGAAAUGA